GCCUUCACUCAUCACUCCCCUCCUCCACUCCAUCCUCCUCCGCAUUAUUGCAUUGCAUCGCAUUGCUCUCUCAACCCAUUACUCCUCUCCUUUAUUGUUGCUCUUCAGCUUCUCGACUCUGCGUCCCGCGCAUACGCGACCCACAAUCACUGCAACCCGCCCAGGCGUUGCGCGCCGUUGGCUGGUUCGCGGGUCCUUGCUCAACCUACGUACAGACCCAUCCAUAAUAAUUCCCCCGCGACCUCAUUCCCGCAGUCAAUCCAACCCAGCGCCUUCCAUCCCACCACCAGCACCACAUACUUCCCGUCCGCUUUUCGCCCUUCUCUCGCCUACUUCUCAAGGACAUGCUGUCUCUGGCGCUCGCCUAUACCGUCCGUCGUGCCAGCGCCGCUGGCCUGUAGUCCACCUGAGACGCCUGCUUCGAGACCGCACCUCCGACGAUCAGAUACCUUCUCCCUUCAAUCAACGCGCCGUACUCGCAGUCAUUCACAAUGAGGGUUUCCUCCUUCAAAUCGCAGUACAGGCAAACCCCGCUGCGUUCUGCUACUCCUCCACCGCCGACCUACGAACCGCUGUCGCCCGUGCUGUAUCCUAUACAACCUGCUUCAGCAGACCCCGCCGGCGGCAAGCUCGUUACCCGGGCCCAGGAUAACAAUACAUAUGUAGUCACGCAUCAUACACUUUACCGCGAUGAAGCGCGUCCAUCUAGCUUGCUCCUGAGCCCUCCAGCCGGGUCCUACUCUUCGCCUCUAAGCUCGGUGCCUCACCAGCGCUCGCAAACACACAUCGAACCUGCACUGGGAUCUCCGAUAGAAACACUAGCAAGCGCUGCCACCUCGUCAAUUCACCCCGAUCAUUCUUCUUCUAUCUCAGGGCGGCGUCGUCCUCAGGGUCCUGAUUCCCCUUUGCGUGCCGUCACCGACCGAAAUGCGCCCGCUCUCACUGCGUCAUCUCGCGCGCCAGUUGAGGGAAAUGUCUUUUCCUAUAGUGACAGGCCUUCAAAACGUGCCCGUUCCGAAUUUAUGCUGUCUCCUCAAAAUCAUGGACCGCAUUCCUCACGUCCCGCUACUAGUCAUGGGCCGUCAUGGUCCUACAACGUCGAGCAAAUGGUGGAUCAAGACAUGCAUAUAUACCAUUCUAACUCGGCCACGGUUCGCGCACCGGAAGAGAGUACCGCCAAAAGGUUGUCGGAUGCGCAAUUGCUCCUUGAUUUUCACCAUGCGAUCAGCUCUUCGCAAAUUCCGCAUGCCCAACCCCAUGCCCUUCACAAUACCGUCGUCAUUUCGCACAAUCAACACCUUAAUGAUACCGGCAUAUUGCAGGAAGCGAGGGCCUCCAAGACGGAUCCGCCAGUUUAUGGGUUUGGUCCAGCCCCAUUUGAGAUUGUUCCCACCUCCAAUGGCCAAUCCGUUCCCGUUGUGAAAGUAGAUGAAACUGGCACAAGUACAACCAUCCAAACGCACACACCACCCGAUGAUUCAAUAGGCAUUACAAUACGUCGAACAGAAGCUGUUUCCCAGGCUAUCGAGGAUAAAAAGCCGAAGAGGCAUCAAGGUUGGCCAAAGGGGAAACCUCGUGGGCCCCGUACAAGUUCGGGGACCAGUAGGCGUAAAAAGUCUACACCAAAGCCCAAAACUUCGCCACCGCUGGCACCAACAAGUGGUACAGCAAUGGCGCAGGACCAACUUCAAUCCCCGCAGAGCCUUCCGGCUGACAGAACAGACACGCUUCGUUCCAAUUAUGGUGGCAAUUCUCUAGCUACUCACACCUUGCAGGAAUCGGGGUUACAUGCUCGAAGAUUCUCGCAUUCUACAUUAUUAAAUCGCUCAGGUCAAGACCACGAACCCCCCGUCGCCAUUUCCCGUGCACGAUCUGUUCCCGUUCAACAAAUCGAGAACAAUGGCAUGCCUCGAACGACGGUGGACAACCAGACAAAUCAUCAGGAUGAGACAUUUGGCCAAGCCACGAUUUGCGCCGGCUGCCGCUCCAGUGAAUCAGAUACCAUGAUUGGAGACGGAGAACAGUGGAUCAGUUGUGAUGGCUGCAAAGGGUGGUUUCACUUCGUUUGCGCAGGCUUCAAGAGCGAACGUGAAGUGAGAGAGAUUGAUAAGUUCUACUGCAAUACCUGCAAACCAAAAUACGGCGAUACUACGAAAGUGCGCAAGUCGGGUAGAGCUCACACUGCUGUUGACUAUGCUGGACUAAACGAAGGAAUAUUGAAGACUUCCGAUGACAAUCCAGAGCAUCACUACAUCCAGGCUUUCAAAAAUGGCGAUAUGGAGUUCACCCCAGAAUCCUUUGCUCGUCUCCCUGCUGAAUGUGUACACGCCGAUUUUUUAGAGAAGCUGUGCGCAUUCACUGAACCCGUCGUAAUUCCUGCUUCUCACAAUCCUCGGCCCAGUAAAAUGGAAAGCAAUGUUGAUGCCAGCAUCAAAGAACGGCCAGAUCAUCGGCUUGAAGAACACUAUGAUUGCGAGCUCGUUCCAAACGAUGGACAGGAUCGGAUUGAUAUGGUCAUACCAGAUGGCUUGACAGUCCGCAGAGUAUCUGACUUGUAUGGGCCACACGAACGGGUUCCUGUCAUCGACGUCAAGGCACAAGAAGGCGAAGACAAGCGAUGGACAAUGGCCAAAUGGGCUGAUUACUACGAACAACAAGGCGAAAAGCCCGUGCGCAAUGUCAUCAGCCUGGAAGUUUCACGUAGCAAGCUCGGUAGGCUCAUUCGUCGUCCCAAAGUGGUGAGAGACAUGGAUCUUCAAGACUCUGUCUGGCCUGAAGACGAUAAGAACAAUGCUCCUCCAGUCCAGUUCUACUGCCUUAUGUCAGUUGCAGAUUGCUAUACCGAUUUCCACAUUGACUUCGGGGGCUCCUCUGUCUACUAUCACAUCGUUAAAGGGAGAAAAACAUUUUUCUUCAUUCAGCCGACCAAACAAAACUUGAAGAAGUAUGAGGAGUGGUGCCUGUCCCCAAAACAGAGUCACGAAUUUCUGGGGCAACAAGUAAAGGAAUGCUACCGAGUCGAUCUCUUUCCUGGGGAUACCAUGCUGAUCCCGUCGGGUUGGAUACAUGCGGUCUGGACUCCUGAAGAUAGUCUCGUAAUUGGAGGUAACUAUCUGACCCGAGUUCACUACGGGAUGCAGAUCAAGGUCGUGGAGAUCGAGAAGAACACCAAGGUAGCGCCGAAAUUCCGCUACCCAUUCUUCCAAAAGAUUAUGUGGCUUUCCCUCCUACAAUACUUAAAGGAUGACCCUAUCCCUCCAUCAGUUGAGACCAUGCUACUCGAUGGCAGUCACUUCCCGCGGAGCGUACCCAUCUACUGCGAGACUGGGAAAUUCGGCCACAAUUCUCACCUGGGCGCCGAAAAUUACAAUAGACGCUAUUACUCCAAGGCCGAACUCGAUGGUCUGCCAGAACUUUCCAGAUAUAUUUGGAGGACCGUUUUGAUAUCUCUAGGCAAAAUCGAUGGUAUCACCCAAGUUGUCCGUAACGCUGUUACGAAAUCUAUACCCAAAGGACAAGGUGAGCCUUUGGCUCUCGCACAACGGUUCGCGGUUUGGGUGGCUUGGAAGAGAGGCAACGAGAGUAUUCCAACAUGGGCCCAUCCGGAUGCCCCUCUGCCAGAAGUGGCUGAUCCAAAGGGCGAGAAAAAAACUAGUGCGGCACAGAUAAAACGAAUGGAGCGCGAGGCAUUGCGAGAAACGCUGAAGUCGGGUUUAUCACGGAACGUGCGGACACGAGGCUCGGAGCCAUCGCCGCCAUUGGCACAUACAGAGAAUGAUGUUCAACCUUCUUUGACUGCAUCUGACGCUUCUGUACUUCCAUUGACAGGGUUUCUGCGGCCAUCGCGAGAGCACGUUACUACUCCAAAAACCUCCCAGCUUGGCCCCAAACGCAUCGCAUGUGAUGCCUGCAGGAAACGGCGGAUUCGCUGCAAACAUAAAGAUGACCUCGUGGAGUCGCCAAGAACUGGUGUAACUACCAAUGAGGCCAUAAGUGUUGCGCCAUCAGUCUCAAGCUCACCAGCGUCCGCCUCGCUAGCUGUUCUGGCAAAGCGACGCCAGAGCGACGCUGAAAGCAUCACAAUGCCGCCCCUCCAAUUACCUGCAAGUGAACCCCGCUCAAUACUAACUGGAACUCCGAUUUCUACGGAAAUCAACCCAGAAGCGUGGGCAAACAAGUCCAACCGUGUCAAGGCCUGUGCAGAUUGCCGUAAAAGCAAGCGUCGGUGUAUACACGAUGAAAAUGGCAAUAUUGAUCCUAUCAAGGCGUCCGAAACACCGGUACCCAGAGGGUCUAUGUCCAAGAAGCGCCGUAUCAGUGGCGAUAACGACGAAGGAGAAGCUCUCAACAAGAAGUUGAAAGGAGAUUCUUUCGCUGGCAUCAUCAAUGGGGAGGUGUCACAUUACAACCGCUAUCCUCUCGCUCGCCCUCAAUCGCAGCAAGAUUACAACGACGACGUGGCAGUGCAUUCUGCACAGCAGGCCCUAACUCUGGCGUCUACAGAUGGCGGCUUUCCCAUCGACCCCCAGCUAUCGAGCGAUGGUCUCAACGAAGAACAAACGUCUCGAGAUACCACAACCACAUAUGAUACCAUUGUUUCAUCUAUUGAGGUUCAUCCGGAGGGUUCAUCGGACGGUAUAUCACAAGCAGAGCCUAUCGAUCCUCAAUUUCUUGGUGCACGACCUUCGACGCCAACCUCCAUCCGAAAAGACUGCGAUAAUGCGGUCCAGAAGGCUAUUCCUACUGUAACUCCACCACCUAUUGCAGGACUACUGAGCACUUCUCCUUCCCAUCGGCCGGUUAAGAACGAAAACGAUGACUCCUUUUCAAGAAGGCCACGUUCUUCCCGAGCUAAUGGCCAUCCCCAGGGAACAAGGCGCUCACCUUCUGAGCAUUGUUACGUCAGCCAUGUCACGAAGUCUGCAAAGAAACGACAAAAUAGCACUGCGAAGCUUGAGCUAGGCUCGGAGGUCAAGCCACCCUCUACCUCACCGGCUCUAGGCAAUAAAGAAGACAAAGCAAGCUUAGCGCUUGCAAUGCAAUUGCAAAUCGAGGAGCACGGACUAAGGCGGCGCAGCAAAUGAUGUUCGUGUGCAUUCGUUUUCCUUCCUUAUCGUUUAAUUUGUUAUCCUCAAUUUUGGGCUUGCGUUUAAUCAUUUACGGAGUUUGGGGUCAAAUACUCAGGUCCAGGUAUCCCUUUAUUUGCAUCAAGGACUUGUGGCGUUUCAUGCGUUAUUAUAUACCCCUUCAGGUAUAAUUUACUAUCCAAUUAGUGUCCCAAUUGGGAUCCUCGAGAUGUUUGCAAGGCUGUUGGCGUUCAACUGCGGCGAACAUGAACGUAAUGCCAGCAUUGCUGGAUUAGUAUGUUUCUGUUCAAACCCUUGAUUCUAUAAGAGUAGCCUUCAACACACAUUGGACAUGUUAUGUAAAAUAACACAACACCAAUCGUCAAUGCGUAGUGUGCUCCUUGUUACAAAGCAACACUCAAAUAUUUUCGCUAUAUAAACAGGUGAAAGUCAAGACCAGAUCAUAAAUGGGUUUUGGGUUUCC